AUGGAGCGGAUUACUGGUAGCCCGGAGGCCUUUCCAAUUUCGCCAGGACAGAUGGUUUUCGCAGGUUUACCCCAAGAACUGUUGUAUUACUGGCACGUUUAUCCUGAUUUAUUCGGAAACUCCGUGUGCAAGUUACGAGCGUUCAUUAGUGAAACCACAACAUACGCUUCGGUUCUCACUGUCGUUGCGUUCUCAAUGGAACGGUACGUGGCCAUUUGCCAUCCGUUUCACAACUGCGCUUUGUCGGCCUUCAAAAGAGCUAUAUUUGCUAUAUUAAUUAUAUGGCUAAUCAGCGUGGUGUUUGCAAUACCCUUAACUAACUAUAGGAAACCACACUCUUUAACGUUCUCUGAGUAUUCGCGUGUUUGCUUGUUAACCACCGAGCGAGAUCUGCAUAGCUACUUAGCUGGUAUCUCUGUAACUUUCUUCUUUAUACCGAUGACUAUUUUGGCUGUUGCAUAUACAAGAAUUGCCUUGACGAUUAGGUCAAGAAUAUUAUCAGCAGCCGAAUCGUUAAAAAGUCGAGCGAAUAGAGGGCAACAAGACAAGACUGCAAUGAAAGUACUUGCUGCAGUAGUAAUAGCGUUUUUCAUUUGCUGGGCACCCUUCCACGUUCAACGCUUGGUCAAUUAUAAAAUUAGCGAGGGACUAAAAGGUCCUCUGUACGCUUUCACAGGUGUCCUGUAUUAUUUGUCGGCUACAACUAAUCCUAUACUAUACAAUGUUAUGAGUAAAAGAUACCGUUUGGCAUUCCGAGAAACGUUUACCGGUGUGAAAUCAGUGACACACAAAUCUCUUACGAAACUUGACAAGCACCUGAGCCAACAACAACCUUAAAAUACAUCAAGCACAAAAUCUACGAGGUGACUGACCCUAAGAACAACUCCAGUACCAUAAAAUAAGUGUUAUAAAAUUCAAGCAUAAUCACUGACACUUUUUUGGCUAUUUUGAUACAUAAAAUAUAGUACUAAUUCAUUACGUUGUUUCGUUUGUUUUAGACAUUUUCAAAAACGUCUUGUUGAAGUUUGUAUAUAAAUGUAAUGGCAGGCAACACUUGACACUUGAUUAGAUUUCGAAUAUUAGAAUUAUUUUAAAUGUUUAAAAAACAGAUCAUUGUAUUCUCGUAAGAAAAUGUCAGUACUUCUCAUCUAGACACGGCAAGAGAAACAUGUCAUAGUUUUAUAAAAAAAUAUCAAGAUAAUAAUUGUAUAAUGGUGUAAAAGUGUUCAAGCUAUCUGCAAUAUAAUUAUAAUGAA